AUGGAAGUGAAAAACAGAGAUGAUUUUUAUAUUUCAGGUGAUGGACAGGCUGCGAUGUCAAUAUCGUGUUGCCCUCAGGUCCCAAAAGCCCCGAUUUUUACGGCGGGGUCAAAGUGGGGGGCUUACGCUGGGAUCAAGUGGUCUCCCCAUCCAGAAUGUCUACCGAUCCGAGUGGGGAUCGAUGACCCCCGUUAUGGGGGCUUUAUGGAUUGUCAGGAGUAUGCAAGGACUGCUCCGAGCCCCGCAUCACCCCGGUGUGCCCUCGGCCCGCGACAGCAAGCUAACCAGGCCACGAGUUUUCUGGACGGAAGUGUUAUUUAUGGAAGUACACUGCAGAGGCAAAAGUUACUGAGAACUUUUCAAAAUGGUUUGUGA